CGGUGAAGAAUGUCAGUCGAUCAUUGACUGUGACCGGAGGAGGUCGGUAGGGUGCGCAGUCGUGUGGUAUCUGAGUAUAAAUCGGGAUUGGUUGAUGGUUCUCCCGUAAGCCCCACCUACCAGGUGGUCGUUCGAAAGUGUAGUUGUGUAGUUUCUUACAACGAAACGACGGGCGCUGCUCUCUCCUCGACGUAUCCAAUCGCGAGAAAAUCUGAAAUGAGACGUAUCGGUGCGCUAAUAUGUGACGGUUGAGAGAAAACGAAGACCAGGAACGUGUGAGAGGGUGGUUUACGCGCGGGUGCUACCACUUUCGAAGCGUGACGAAGAAAACGGACCACGUAAAGAAGUGGCAAAGGUGGAGAUCGUGAAAAAAGAAACGCGUCGAGAAAACGAAGGAAAAACGCGUGUGUGCCAGAGCUACGUGCAAAAAGAAUCCUCUAUUUCGGGGGGGGGUUGUAUAUAUCUUUCUCUCUCUCUUUGUGUCUCUCUACUUUCCUCUUUUUUUUUUUCUUUCUUUCUGUUUCUCUCCAUCGUUACUCCGAUUUGUUCCGAGUGAAAGUAUCUAUCUCGUUGCGGCAAGUGUUUUCUCACCGCGUUGUAUGCGUCGUUCUCGUAUCGCGGAGUAACAAGUAAAGGUAAAAAAAAGUGAUACGUUUAACUAACAAGGACGUCAGCUGUGUGCGCUUUUACGAAGGGGACGUGUGCGAGAGAGAACCCACUGUUGAGAGACAGAGAAAUGGCGGCGCUGGCGGCAGGUGUCCAGUAUGGUUUAUCGUCGCAUAGUAAUUUUCACAAAAACAAGUCCCUGAUCUUCGUGAAACUCACUGACUCGGCGCAACGUGCCAUCGAGGACUUCCUCAGAAAUCGGAACAAGACCACCCAGAACCCUACUAUACAGUUCCUAGGAAACGAAGGGCAACUCUCCUUUCCACCUACCCAAUCCAACCAUGGAUCCACAGGGUUUACGUUUAGCCUGUCUGGCAAUCAAGACAUCGAGGGUCCUCAGGGUAGUUUCGAGUGCAUCCAACAAACGAGCCCUAAGAAUCUGGAGAGUCUUGGCGCAUUGCCGUGUAAAAUGCGAAUACAAGCGAAUGACGAUGUGUACGAGACAACCAGGCAUCGGAUGGCCGUUGCCGAAGAGAAUAACAAGAACAAAUGCACCAGAGUUAUCAAGCCAAAUGGGCCGGACAUCGGGCGCAAAGUAAAGGUGAAAACUACCGGAAGAACUAUACCAUCUCCAUCACCAUUGAAUUCGAGGUAUCGGGAAUCGACGAGCAUUCCAACUUCCGUUAGUCAGCCUAGACUGUCUUCCUCUUACAAGGCCACUGUCAAUAAUCAACCAGCAGCUCGAAAUCAACCGGAGAAGAAAGUCUCUGAGAUCAUGCGUAGGCCACUCAAGGAAAGGCUUAUCCAUCUUCUUGCUUUGAGGCCAUACAAAAAGCCAGAGUUGUAUGAUCGUAUAAACAGAGAGGGCAUCAAAGAUCGAGAACGUACCGCCAUGCCGAUGAUUCUGAAACAAGUAGCUUUCAUGAGGGAUAACACGUAUCAUCUGCAUAGAUACGUCUGGAAUGAUGUGCUAGAAGAUUGGCCUUAUUAUACAGAACAGGAAAAGACCAUGUUGAAAAGAAGAAAACCUCAAAAUCUAACGCCUCCUGGUUCUAGCGAUGGAUCCAGCGGCAGCGGACAAUCUCCUAAUUCCACUCAUCCAGGUUCACCGCCUGCGAUCACAGCACCUCCGCCCUCGUUGUUGGGCAACAAGCGACCAGGAUAUUAUCAGGGUAAUGAUGGAUUACCGACAAAAAGACCACGGAUAUCGCAUUAUAGGAAGUCAGAAUUGAAUUCUGGAUCGUCGAACGUCGGGGAGAAUGGAAGGACGGCUGGUAGUGGUGGAAAUAGUAACAGUGUUAGUGUCGUUUCCAGUGCAGCCGGUGGUAGUAGUGCGAAUGGUGGCAGUGGUGGUAACAACGGUGGUGUAAUUGACGGCUGGGAUCAACGGCAGCAUCAGCGUGAUCGUCGUGGCGAUUAUCGACCCGAAAGAACAGCGAACAGUGAUGUGCUACGAGGUGGCAGCUAUGGCCAUGGAAAAGCGUGCUUGACGCCAACCAGUGAUAGUGAAGAGACCAACCAGCAGCACGGUCAUCGGGACGGGAACACCGGAACGUCUGCGAGCAAUGUCGCUAACAACGCGACCACUGGCCAUAGUAGUGUAGCUCAUAAUAAUUCUUUGAGCAGCAGUCGUCAUCAUCAUGGAAAGACUGCAACGCUUGGUGCCGAAGAGAGUGCCGGUACGGCUGUGGAUUGCGUGGCUCGUUCGAUGCCGAGUGCCGCGAGUGACGGUGGUAGUGCAGGUAGUUAUAGUGGUAGUUCGAAUGGAAUACUCGCCGACAGGAGAGAUAGAAGCGACAGGAACGAUAGGGGACGCGUUGGCGACAGGGAUCGUGACCCCAGAAAGAAGAAUAACGGAACAGCUGCUAACUCGUAUAACGAGUUAAUCGUACCUAACUAUGACACCACCGAACAUAAUCCUGACAGUCUUCACUUAGAGGAGAGUCCUAAAUCAUCGGAGUAUCCGGACUACCUCACGUAUUAUACGACAAUAAGCAGUACGGAACAGAGAAGACGUUAUAAGGCAGAAUUUAAUGCAGAUUAUGAAGAAUAUCGAAGGCUACAUACUCAAGUGGCGAAAGUAUCUAAACGAUUUGUACAGCUUCAAGAUCGUUUGAAACAAGAAGAAGCUUCAGGCAAUUGGGAAGAAUAUCAGGAAAUAAGGCAGCAAAUUUUCGAUGAGUAUAACGAAACCAAAAGCAAUCCUAAGCAUAAGGAAACGAAAUGCCGUUUUCAUUACUUGCAUGAAAAGCUAAGCCACAUCAAGCGGCUGGUAUUGGAAUAUGAUACGCAGAACUGUGGUGGCAUGGUGACUAGCAGCAGCAACGUAGAUGGUAGCAACGACAUGAAGGAAAUGGAUAGUUUGCACUACUGACACAAACUGAAAAGGCCGCUUUUUACUCUCUACCUUUUUUCGGUUGUCGGUAUGCUAUUAUCUUCAGUGUCGAAGAAUUUGCAUUUUCUCGGCAUGUUCCAAGGCUGAUCUAAAACGGUCCACAUGGUUCCUGAGUUGUAUCGCCGAAAACAAAGUCAAGUACUCUCUGAACCGGGGUUGCGAGGAUAUAUAUAUAUAUAUAUCUAUAUAUAUAUA